UUCCGUUUCGAGUUUUCCAACCAGUUUUCAGUGGCAGCUUAUUUUUCAAUUUUAUUCAUAAAAUCUUUAUGUAUGAAUUAUUAACCAAUACGUAAUAAGUACAUUAAGUAAUACUGUAGUAUCCAGAAGCCAUAUUUUAUUCGUCAUCCAUUGCUAAUAAGUGCCAGCCAUGCGCGAGUAGCUGCAGAAAUCGCGAUAACUCAUACAGGCCAUACUGCCAACCAGCAUCUAAUGGACCAACUGAGUCAACUCGCCAACGUGUCUUGACUGUCUUCCCCUUGAUUCUAUCCUUCAGGAUUUGUAGUACUGCCAUUAUACAUCCCAUACUGGAAUAAUGGAUGGACGGAUGUGUGCCACGUUGUUGAUGGUCAGGAUUUGAACGGCUGACGAGUUCUGCAGCCACGUCGUACUCUGCUCCAAACCUGCUGAAACGUGUUUUCUGCAUCAGUGCAGCCUGAUAUCAAAUCCACAACUGCGCCAUCGCGGAUCCCCUGGGGUGCUCCCCCUCGCGCCAGACUAUGCUGGUGCCGUGGUGGGCCCGGCCGACAGCAUGCCUCGCCGUGUGCGCCUCCCUCCUCCCCCUCCUCCUCCUCCUCCCCCCGGCCGCCCCCACCCCGGGGGCGACCGCCUCCUCCCCGGCCAUGUCCCGUCGCCACAAAGCCGCCCUCCGCCAGCAAGUCAAGGACAUGUUCCUGCACGCCUACCACGCCUACCUCACCCACGCCUACCCCGCCGACGAACUGCAGCCCCUGUCCUGUCGGGGGCGCUUCCGCAGUCACGGCUCAGGCCGGGGCGAUGUCGACGACGCGUUAGGCAACUUCUCCAUGACGCUGGUGGACAGUCUGGACUCGCUGGUGCUGCUGGGGGAGUUGGGGGAGUUUGAGCGCGCGGUGCGCCUGGUCAUUGAGGAGGUGCGGCUGGACGCCGACAUCGUCGUCAGCGUCUUCGAGACGAAUAUCAGGAUGCUGGGCGGGUUGAUUAGCGCGCAUGUGUUGGCGGAGGAGCUGCGGGAGAAGCGGCGCGGGAUGGGGUGGUAUGGCGGGCAGUUGUUGGAGAUGGCGCGGCAGUUGGGCUAUCAGCUGCUGGAGGCCUUCCGCUCCACCACCGGGAUGCCCUAUCCCCGCGUCAACCUGCGGCACGGGCUGAAACACGGACUGCACGAGCAGCGGCACACGUGCAGCGCCUGCGCCGGCACCAUGAUCCUCGAAUUCGCGGCGUUGAGUCGGCUGACGGGGGAUCCGGUGUUCGAGACGAAGAGCCGGCAGGCCAUGGACUACCUGUGGCACGCGCGGCACAGCGCCUCCAGCCUGCUGGGCCACAUCAUCGACGUGCACAGCGGCGACUGGAUCCGGCGCGAGAGCGGCAUCGGCGCCGGCUCCGACUCCUACUACGAGUACGUGCUGAAGGCCUACAUCCUGCUGGGCGACGACACCUACCUCCACCGCUUCCACCAGCACUACGCCGCCCUCCUCAAGUACGUGUUGCGCGGCGCCAACAUGCUGGACGUGCACAUGCACCAGCCCUCCGCCACCUCCAAGCCCUACCUCGACGCCCUCAUCGCCUUCUUCCCCGGCCUGCAGGUCCUCUACGGGGACAUCGAGCCCGCCAAGAUCUCCUACCAGACACUGCACAAAGUCGUCGAUCGCUACAAGUUCCUACCGGAAGCCUUCACCGCCGAGCCGGAGCUGCGCAUUUAUUGGUCGGAGAGUUAUCUCCGUCCGGAAUUCAUCGAGUCGACGUACUUUUUGUACACGGCCACGAAGGACCCCUUCUACCUGCACGUGGGCGAACGGCUGAUCCACAGUCUGGAGGAGCACGCGCGCGUCGACUGCGGCUACGCGGCGCUGAAGGACACCCGCUCCGGCCAGCAGGACGACCGCAUGGACUCCUUCUUCCUCGCCGAGACCCUCAAGUACCUGUACCUGCUGUUCAGCGAGGACGCCGACCUCCCGGUGGACCUGCACGCCUACAUCUUCACGACGGAGGCCCACCUGCUCCCCCUACACCUCUCCCGCAAGAACGUCACCUUCCACCCGCCGCAGUUACUGGACGAGCACCCGCCGGACGCCAGCCACUCCUGCCCGAACCAGCGCCGCGACCCGGCGACCCUCUUCGCGCAGGCGCUGCAGGGCCCGCCCACCGUGGCGGUGGACACCUCCCCGCGGGAGGACGCCCACCCCGACCAGUGCCCCAGCGGUCCGCCGUCGGCGCGGCGGCAGCGGGUGCGCGUGGGCGAGAUCGACUGGGAGAACGACGAACAUGUGAGUGACGAGGGUGUGCAUCGUCGGCGGCGCUAUCUCUUUAACAGCCUGACGGGCCACGAGCUCGAGCUCAUCCUGCCGGUCGUCCUGGUGACCCUCUUUAUCUGCUCACAGAUGAUGAUCCUGGCGGAGAUGGGGAUUUCAUUGAUCCGCCGGCCGGACGGGUCCCUGCUGAUCGCCCAGGACGCCAGCCAGGCGCGCAGCGUCAGCCAGGCCAGCGAGGGCGUCCUCCUCAUGCAGGACAUGCUCCACGCCUCCAAGCAGCCGCCCCCCGGCGGCGCCGCUGUGCCCACCGCCCGCGUCCACGCCAGCUCCGUCGCCGGGAAUUUCAGCUUGACGCUGCCCGCCUCGCCGGCGCAGUUCGGCCCGGCGCUGGCCGCCCAUCCGCCCGGGAGUGUCGUGGGGACGCUGGGGUUCGCUCAGCCGGCCGACGGGUGCUUCAGCCGCGAUGACGACGACGAGGAGGUCAAUCAGACGGCCGCGGUGGUGAACGGAGAGAUCGGCGGCGUCCGCGACGCCAUCGCCGUGGUGCGUCGCGGCGGCUGCAUGUUCGUGGAGAAGGCGCGCAAUGUGCAGGCGGCCGGGGCGCGCGCCUUGCUGGUGGUGGACAACAAGAGCGGCAGCGCCUACGCGCCCGGCCACGCCUUCGCCAUGUCGGGCGACCAGGGCGGGGGCCACGGCGACAGCGGCACCACGCGGCAGGGCGUGGACAUCCCCUGCGUCUUCCUGGCCGAUGUCGAGGCCAAACAGCUCAUCGCCGCCGCCGACACCUACCGCGACCUGCAGGUCGCGCUCUCCACGUGACGCAGGACGAAUGCUGAUUGGACUGAUGCCGCCUUGCUGCUUGAUUUGUGAUACGUUGAUUUGAGAAAGAGAGUCUACUUGCCGUUUUUAUACUGUUGCCGGGCGCGGGGAUUGUUUGAUUUACUAUCGCGUUUUUCAUCUGGCGCAAGUUCUCCGUCGAUAAAUUAUGUGCCCGCGUCAAUAAUAGUGAUCUGAUAUCGGUCGUCAUUUCUUCAAUCGGAUCGGCUUAGCGCACAAAACAAAUUAUUAUUAUUGUUAUUACGGCACAAGACCAGACAACCGCA